AUGGAGGGCCACGAUCAGCCACCAGAUGGUGCGCUACCCUUCUCCGACGUCACAGGUCUGCUGGCAGCCGCUGCAGGCGCAGAGAAGCAACAAGCACUCGUAGCCCGCAUCUACGUUCCUCCUUCAGUCGACCCUGCCACAUCAUCUUCGGUCGAUCAGUUUGCGCAACUCACCAGCCUGGCGAAGCAAUUGCAAGAGUAUGUACGGGAACGCUCGAUGCUUGGAGAUGAACUCGACAGUCAAAACUACAUUUGGCAUCGAGAGCCGCCUUCCAUCUCGGUUGCAUCUCCGCCUUCAUCGAGGCUCGCAUCCUCGUCCAAGCUGGCCUCUCAACUACCGUCUCACAUCCUCUUUCACCUACGCACAGGAGGAGAAUGUAUCGAGGACGAAUGGCUCGCGACUCAUGUCCUGGUGGGGGCGUCUGCAAAGCACCAGUUAUGCAUCAGCAUCGAAGACGAGGACGGCCAAUUUCUGCUCAUCGAAGCGGCAGAAUACCUUCCAGAAUGGGUAACUCCCGAAGCGGUCACAAAUCGUGUCUGGAUCUUUGACGGGCAUCUCCAUCUCAUUCCGCCGCAUCACAAAUCUAGUAAUGACGGCGCGCUGGCUGCAUCGCGAGCGGUCGAGCUCGUCACCGACGAGUCCAUCGUCACCCGUACAUCCGACGACAUCGAGGCAGCAGCCUUCGCAAGAGCCUACGAGUUCCCCUCUGCGGCGACAUCACAUCAUCAUCGAACACUUGCAUAUUUGCCGCGUCGCAUAGCGAGAUUGCUGGCAGCUGAGCCGCAGCUCAUAGCCAACUGCGUCUCGUCCAUUCAGUCGCGCGACAUCGUCAGCUCUCGCUCUGGGUCGAGACUCGUCCACUUUCCACCUCCACAAGCACCGCAAGCUGCGACCGCUUCGACAACGCCCAACGCUCCGACGAACGAAAGCGACAGCGACAUUGUGCUCACAUCAGUUCGAAUGACCCGCCAUCUUUACGCACAGCUGCUCUACGAUCGCUUCUUCCCGCCGCGUCAGCUCGGGCCGCGCUGGCAGGCUGCAGUGGAAAAGUAUCGCUUGCGAUUACACGGUCACCAGUCGGAGGCAGCUUCGCAAUCAAAGGUCGAGGACGAGGAAGAGGUGCAAGCGGAAAUGCAACAAGGGAGGUGGCACGAUCUGGGCGCCAAAAUCUGGAGCGGCAUGGAGAUGGCUUACACCGAAUCGUUGGCUCGGAGAACGAGGACUCGGUCACGGCCUUUGGCACCGUCUGACGCCGGGAUCACCGCACCGGAGCGGCAAAGGCUCAUCAGCUCCCUCAGCAAGCUCGGCUACUUCCAAGGCGAGAUGGAAGGCAGUGCAACGUGGAAGACGCUGGAAGCGGAGGCCGUCGCACAAUACCUGAAGGGCUCAUCGACAUCCGUCAACGGCGAAGCAACAACAGACGAGAUUCUCGUUUGCGACACAGUCGACCACAUACUGCAGCAGCCCUCGUCGACCUCUGCCUCCACAAUCCUUUCCCCAGACGCCUCACCACCAACCCUCGCCGCGGCCGAAGACUCCGAUUCAUGGCUCAACCUCACACCCAACGACAUCGACUCGAUCCUUCAAACCAAAACCUCCUCCUCCACCCAAGAGGGCGCCAUCUCUGAGCAGGACACCUUCGCCCGUCUUUGCACAUUCAACAGCAAGAUGGAGUCCUUUGUCAAGACGCGUUCGGAUGCCCGGGGUGCGCUAUUCGAAGACGAGGUGGACGAGGAAGACAUGGCUGUGGACGACGACGAUCUUCUGUUCGAGGAUCUGGAUGAGGACGAGGCGGAGGAGCGUGUUCGGCGCGAGGUGGAGGAGCGGAUGUGGGUGGAUGGCGAGGGCGAGAAGAGGAGGUUGGUGGAGCGGUUGAUACCGAAGAUGUCGGAGGACGAGUGGACGCGCCGUCCCAACCCUACUGAGACAAAAGCUGGCAACGAGGCGAAAGAGGACUUUGUCUCCUCCAUCGACAACAUCUCCCCUAACCGCCCUGCCGGCGCUGCUGCAGGCUCGGACGUGAAAGACGUCGCCCAACGCGAUAACAACCUCUCUGCAGCGCACGCCGAGCUCCGCCGCCGUCUCGCAUCGCAGUACAUGCGCGACACCUCGACCCUCCUCUCCUCACAGGGGCACGAGGUGUUCGACGGCGCCUCGGACUCCGACUCCUCCGAGCUGGAACAAGAAACCUCGCCCGAAGUGCGACGUCAGCGUGCGGAGGAGUACGAUCUCGAGCCCGACGUUCCAGCAGACGAUGUCGAGGGGUGGGAAGACGUUAAGAUGGAUGAGCAGACCGAGCUGGACAACCUGUUGGACUUCGCGCGGGUCAGUCUGGGUUUGACCAAGGAGCAGUACGAGAGGAUAUUGGAGCAGCGGCGCGAGAAAGGUCAGUUCGUGCCAAUUGCCAAAGCGAAGGGUCCAGCCGCAUCUUCGAAGUCCGCUCCUAAGGGCAAGGAGACGGAACCGCCGAAGCUGGACACAUUCGAAAGCGUCAUGUCGGCGAUGGAGGAGCAGCUGCACACGCUGCAAUCCUCCGCCCCACCGCCUUCCACCUCCACGGCGUCCGCUUCCGCCCCCUCACCCGAUCCAAAGCCGCCGACGCUGGCGGAGAAAGAGGACGAAGAACUGCUCGCACACCUCCUUCGCUACGGCUCCGACCUGCCCUCGUCCCUGCUGCGUCAGCUGGGCGACUCCGGCAAAUCGGAGCAGAUGGAGGCCUUCCUGCGGUCCUUUCAGGCGCAAUCGGGUACCAGCGGGCCCGGGCCGGUGGACGUGCUCAUGCGUCGUUUUGGGUUGGGUGGUUUGCCUGCUGAUCAGGAUACCUCGCAGUAA